AUGGACGAGCCACCGCAUAUCAUCAAAGAGUCUAUUCUUUCACCUCGAAGCUGGGUCAAACUAGGCCCUGCCCCGUCGGACCACAUUCUUUCCCUCCGCAUCGCUCUACCUCAACCCAACUUUCCUCUACUGGAAAGACAUCUAUUAGAAGUCAGUGAACCAUCUCACGAGCGCUACGGAAAUCAUCUUUCGAAGGAGGAUGUGGAUGCGCUGGUCGCACCCCUUCCAGAGAGUGUCGACGAGGUGGCGAUGUGGCUUUUGGGGCAUGGUGUGGCGAAGGACAAGGCACGAUAUUCGGAUGCGAAGGAUGUGGUUAGGAUCGAAAUACCUGUAGGAUUGGCCGAGAAGAUGUUGAAUACAAAAUACCACGUGUGGCAACAUUCCGAAGACGGCGACGUUCUCAUCCGGACAACCUCCUACAGUCUCCCGGCCGCUCUCCACCGUCACGUCACCCUAAUUCAACCGACAACCAUCUUCUCCCGUACCAGGCUCCAACGCUCUCAUAUCAGCAUCAUGGAGAACGUCUUCGACGCCGCAUCUCUUGAGGCGCUAGCGUCGUCUACCGAGAAGGCGGAUUGCAACGCCAUUGUGACUGUGGGCUGUCUAAAAGAGUUGUACAAUGCGACUGGAUAUGUUCCGACUGCGACGAACGGAAAUAAAAUCGGUAUCACAGGGUACGCGAACCAGAGCUUCAACCUUGGUGAUCUGAGGACUUUCUACCAGGAGCAGAGGAUGGAUGCAGUCGGGUCGGAGGAAAACAUCGACGUUGUGCUCGUCAAUGGCGGUGACAAUAAGCAGACGCUUGAGGAUGCAGGCGCUGAGGCUGAUCUUGAUACUCAGUUUGCAUUCGGUAUCUCAUACCCCACCCCGCAGACGUUUUACUCCACUGGUGGACUUCCCUCUCAAUUCUUUUCCAGCGAGCAUACGCCGAGCAACACGAAUGAGCCUUACAGCGAGUGGAUGGACUAUGUUCUCAACCUUCCUGACCCGCCCCAGGUUAUCUCGACUUCGUAUGGUGACGACGAGCAAACAGUCCCCGAGAGUUAUGCAAAACAUAUUUGCAAUGGUUUUGCUCAACUAGGUGCCCGAGGCGUAUCGCUCAUCUUCAGCUCUGGAGACUACGGCGUUGGAGAUGGGGUCUCGAAUCCUGACAAGCAAACAUGCAUGACGAACGACGGAACGAAUCGAACGCGUUUCAUUCCGGUCUUCCCUGCAAGUUGUCCUUUUGUCACAUCCGUAGGCGCCACGCAUCACGUUGAGCCGGAGGUGGCGGUCUCAAGGUUCUUUUCUGGAGGAGGCUUUUCCGACUACUUUCCCAGGCCUUCCUAUCAAAACGAGAAGGUCGGAGCGUAUAUGGAAACUAUUCCUGAGGGCGCAUACUCUGGGCUGUAUAAUCCUGCUGGUCGCGCCAUUCCAGACGUGUCUGCCCAAGGCGACAACUUCCAAAUAAUCUUUCAGUCAUUACCAGCACUCAUUGGCGGCACCUCCGCCUCCGCUCCCGUUUUUGCAGCAUUCGUUUCUAUGCUUAAUGACGCUCGACUGAAUGCUGGGUUAGGACCUCUUGGGUUCUUAAACCCGAUGUUGUAUACCAAGGGUGUAGAUGGACUCGUGGAAGGUCAGGGAGGAUUCAAUGACGUGGUUCAUGGUCAUAAUGCAGGCUGUGGAACUAGAGGGUUCAAUGCUACGAAGGGUUAUGACCCCGUGACGGGACUUGGAACUCCGAACUUCGGGAGGCUGAAGGAUAUUGUUUUGUCUCUGUGA